GAUUGAACUCUGAUAAAGAUUAUCGGGAUAUCCCCACCUGGCUUCUUGGUAAUCAGCUCCAUGAUCUACUUGCAUACAGACGUAUUGAUAGACCAUGAGAGAACACUGAUUGUAUACUCAGUCAACAAGUUGAGGUUGUCAUGAUGGCUGCUUUUAGGCCAGUCGUCAGCCUCCCCAUUCGAGCAUCAUGUUAAACACAACAAAUAUAGCAAAUAGUACUGCAUCGAUCCUCGCCUAUAUCCCGUUUAUGAUAUAUUAGCAUUCCAUCUACCUCGUGAAAUCACCAUGGAAGCCAAAGCUCUCGGUCAACUUCUAGACGAAAAGAACCAGUCCCUCCGUCUGAAUUGCAAAUCAUCACAGCUAUUCCAUCUCGCAUUCUGGACCGUAUACCUACUCUUCUUACGAACUCUGGGCGUCUUUCUACGUUUCAUCAAACUAUCACCAGAACGGCUCCAAGGACACAUUCUCAGGACCGAAUUCCGUAUCGCCAACAUCGCCGUUUCUAUCAUCCAGAUACUCCCCGACAGAGAUAUAUCUUACUCAUCUUUCUCCAAGAGCACAUACCGACAACAGCAACCUCGUCAACGAGAUGGGAGUUAUGAAGGUAGCACCCUAUCUACCGGUCCAGCAGAUGACCUCAUGGCACCCCGGAAGAGCUCUCUCGAGUCUGAUUACACACCCCCAGCAAUGUUCAUACAUCAACCUGACAUGGCUUACCUCCGCCCUCAAGCCCCUGGACCUCCCUAUCGUCGCGAGAACUUCGAGAACAUCCGACCAGGGUCCUCAUUGAUAUCACACUUACCACCUGGUAUCCACGCCAACGGCCGUCAUCGAAGCACCCAGAUCAUAUCACAAAGCCUGGAUGGAACCGUAUCACCUCCUUCGUUCGCAGAACCAAUUCCACAAAUACCCUUACCUUCUAUACCAGCGUUCAUUGCUCGUAUGCCGUUCGUAUCGGUCAGCGAUUCUAUUUAUUCCUCUGAUUCCGCGCAGCUUCCAUUCUCGGAACGGAAGGCGUCUGCUGAGGCUCGGACGUACAUCGAUGUACUUCCGAAAUGGUCUUUUGAGGACUCUGAUGGAGCUCAUCAAGUUAACCCUACAAGUGAGAAUGAUGCUACAAAUGCUUCUCAGGGAAACGCGUUGGGUUUUCCUGCGCGUAUCCGAACUGAUGCGCAACUCAAUACUCUCGCAGCGGUGGCGCAGCAGUAUGCGAGGAUGAAUUAUAGGAGGAGCAGAGAUAGGAGAUCAUCUUCUGCGCCGGUGGUGGUUCAGAAUGAUGCAAAGGAGCUGGAGGAUUGAAUCAUCUGUCUACCUGCUUACUAGGUGACAUUGGCCGUGGUUUAUUGUCUUUAGCUGUAUGAAAUAGUGCUAUUGUAUUUAUAUUUCCCGAUAGUUAGAACUUCGUCAUUCUGGACAGGAAUUUU